AUGGCGCUUUCGAAAUGUCAUUUCGCACAACCAGGACUGAAAGCACUGGGACACUUUGUGUCUAGGCUCGGUCUCAAUACGUUGGCAGAAAAGACAGAAGCCAUACGACAACUGGAAAGGCCGAAGACACCAAAGGACUUGGAGACAGGUCUCGGUCUCAUGGGGUAUUACUGGAAUUUCAUAGCCUCGUACUCAGUAAUUGCAGAACCUCUGCAGAAGAUUAAAGCCAUCGGCUUUAGACAUGCGCCAAUCAAAAACCCGGAACGAGCGACGUAUGCCGCAAAGGUCACACUACCCCCGAUGGAGCCGGCGGAGCCAGACUCCCACCAAAGGAUCAACGAGCACCUCGGCCUCUGA